AUGGAAGCUAAUUCUGUUUCUCUCCUCUACUGCAGAAAAUAUGUCCUCGUCACCGGAGCUACCGGGUUCAUCGGCGCCCACGUCGUCGACGAGCUUCUCCGCCGGGGCCUCAAGGUCCGCGGCGCCACCCGGUCCCUGGCCAAGGGCGACGCCAUGAUCAAGGCCAGGCCGCAGUUCGCCUCCUCGCUCGACUUUGUGCAGAUUGACGACUUUGAGAACCCCGGCCGGCUCGACCACGCCGUCAAGGACAUUGACGCCGUGGUCCACGUUGCCAGUCCCCUGACCUACGACACAAAGGACAACGAGAAGGAGCUCAUCAUCCCCGCCAUCAACGGCGUCAAGGCCGUCCUCGAGGCCGCCGCCGCCAGCGGUACCGUCAGGCGCGUAGUCAUGACCUCGUCCUUCGCCGCCGUCAUGGACGUCGACCGCCACGGCGUCCCGCCCUACUUCGUCUACACGGGCGCGGACUGGAACCCGCUCACGUACGAGGAGGCCACGGCCGCGGCCACGCCCGCCUACCUCGCCUACCGCGGCGCGAAAAAGUUCGCCGAGAAGGCCGCCUGGGAGUUCGUGGCCACACGCAGGCCCGGGUUCGACCUCGUCGCGCUGUGCCCCUCGAUGACCUUUGGCCCCGUCGUGCACCCCGUCGCCGGGCUCGGCCAGCUCAACGAGACCAACGCCAUGCUGUGGAAGGUCGCGCGCGGCGAGCCGCUGAGCGCCGCGCGCGUGCCCUCGUGGAUCGACGUGCGCGACCUGGCCGCCGCGCACGUCGAGGCCGUGCUGCGCCCCGGCGCGGGCGGCAGGCGGUUCAUACCCGGCGGGCCCGAGCGGUUCUCUUACGACAUGGCGGCGCAGAUCAUGGAGGAGGAGUUCGCCUGGGCCAGGGGGAGGGUGCGGCGCGAGCGGCAGGCCGUGGACGAGUCGUACGGGUGGGACGGCGAGUCGACGGCGCGCGAGCUGGGGAUCGAGUACACGAGCUUUAGGAAGUCUGUCGUGGACCUGAUAUCACAGUUGGCGCGGAUGCAGGAGGAGGAGGAGGAAGCUUCGAAGUGA